UUUUUUGAGGAGUGAUGUUUAUAGUUGAACUUGAGAUACCUAUUCUAUUCUGGGUCAAUUUGCCUCGCUAAUUAAAAACCAAGACAAAUGAGUCAUGAAGAUUUGGAUUGAAAAUAAACUUCCUUGCCUAAAUGAGCAGCAACCUCUGAAUACCGCAAACCUUCAUCCACUGUGACAUUAGGGCCUAAAGCAGUGGAAGAUGCUCAACCCUCUUGUGCCACAUUGUCCUAAUAUCUGCCAAUUUAUCUGUUUUCUGUCUGACAGCUCUUGUCUCUCAGUAAUCAAAAUGGAUUACUCAGGAGAAAAUAUAAAGUCUCCACAGACGUUGUGGCAUGAAAUGUUGCCCUGCCUGUCUCUGCAUCUCAUAGAUUAUUUGUUGAUUCAUACUUUGACUUGUAGGCACCAGCCAGGAUGAGGACCUCCAAGUAUGCAAAAUGCAUUUUAUGCAUCUCCUUCCAACUCUCCCCAGAAAAAGACCUUUGUUAUAGUUUAGUCACUUCAAGAACAAUUUUCUGUAUUGAACUGGGCAUGAGAAGCUCAAAAACUGACUUGAUGUCUGUGAUACAAGUUACUGCCGUCCUGGUAGGCCCUGGCAGGCCCUGGCACUGUAUUUAUUAUAUUUUCCAUGCUAUUUACUUGGAGAUGAAGACCACUGUAUUUCACCAUUAAUUCACCAACAUGAAUGGUUAAGACACAUCAUCUUCUAUGUCACCAUCAUGAUCAAAGAGAAGUUCCAGCCUUUCCAAGAUUAUCAUCUUUUUAUUUCUGGUGCUCAUUUUUUGAGUAAUUAAAUAUGUAUCUGAAGUGUGUAAUGUUUUUAGUACUCCCUUGCAGGGAAUAUUCAUGUCCCCCGCACCCCAACCCACCACUGCUGUGCUGAGAGUCCACUCAAUGUGGGUGGAGUUUACCCACGAGAACAAAAAGGUUCCCGUCAAAAGUUGUAAAAACACCUGCAUUCUCGCAGUCUCCUAGAGAAGUAAAUAAGAAUAGGGAGAAAGUGUGCAUGUGUGUGUGGGUGUGUGUGUCUAUUUGUUUGAGGUGAAAUAUGUCUCACAGUUGCAAAGAAACAAAUAGUAUUGGACAGUUUUGACCCUUUUUACCCUUUGUGGUGGAAAUAUUUUAUAUAAUCCUGGCCAACUCCUAAGUUCACAUUACCUUGACAUGUUCUGUUCUGUAUCUCUGAUAAACUGCCACAUUAAUCUGUUCUCACAAUUUUUAAAGACGCCAUCUGACGUCUACAGACCUUGUGCUCAUUUCAUAUUGCAUGUGUAACUUGUAAUUAUUUCAUUGGUCUCUGAAAUUAUUUGUUCUUGCGGACCACGCUCGGAAGUUAUUUAUAUGCAUUUCCUGUCUGGCUGAGCAGUGAUGACUUGACAGAGCCAUUGAUCUCUCUGACCGGUUACCGCUCUGCAUAAUUCAAUUCAAUUCAUUUCAGUUCAAUUCAAUUCAAAAAUACUUUAUUGAUCCCAGAAGGAAAUUUGGUAAUAACGGAUUUAAUAAUAGAAACUUUAUUAAAUCAUCUGACGACCAAACCACGCAGUGCACCAGUCUUUUAUUCAUGUGUUUCUGCCUUAGUGGAAUAUUUUCCACAACAGAUUUGGCGUCACGACAGAGACCUUCUGCGAUGCGACAGCAUUUUUCCAGAGCCGAAGAGGAAAGGACAGCGACCGGAGCUUUUGGCUUUCGCAAAAAAAGCUUUUUCUAUUUUUUUCCUCCAUCGUUUUUGUAACAUCGGGACUGAUGGCUUUCGCUUCGGUGCCAGAGGGGUGAAUUGAUCAUGGAAGGAUACCAAACCUUCGUGGCAGAAAUGCGGUGAGUUUUUGAAAUAUCUGCUAUACUUUAAGCUAUGGCUGAAUGGCUAGCAGGCCAUGCUAGCUCAAAUGCAAUGAGAUUAUAUGGGAUGCUAGGCAGCUAGAUAGCAUCCAAUGCUAAAGCUAACGUUAAUCCGACCCAUUGAAAAUCAAUUCUAAUAUUUAAUUCGAAGGCCUGUCCAUUUUCUGCAGCUACUACUGGUGGUGGUAUGUGUUUUUACGGGCGGUGGCCCGAGCUAAGUUGAAGAAACCCACAAGGUUUCCGACUUUCAGAGUGUAGGUUUACUACUGCAGUGUUACUGUUGUUUCUCUGACUUAGAUCUGCAUGGGUCAAUUGUGUGCAGAUUUUAGGAGCGUAACUUGUUCUGUCUCAAAUAGUUUUUACGAAAAGUCUUGUCCAAUUUGGGGACUUUUCGAGCUAAACUGAAGUUACCAGUAGGCCUAACUACAGAGUACUGAGUGGGUCUGGUUGUAGGGAGAUAGUUGACCGCUAUUUUCUUAGGAUGCAGGUUGUGGAAAAUCCUGCGUGAGCGUAACUUUUAUUAAAAGGACACGCCCGCCUCCUCUUUGGAAUGAAGAAGUUGGUCUUUCUGUUUUUAGACACGGGAACAGAAUGAUAAAGAGACAGGGUGGUGGGGGCGCUAGUGAGCACCGUAUGGAAUAGACGUGUUUUUUUUCUGGCUCCUCACCACUUAAAAAUAAUUCCAUAUUUACAUUGAUAUUUCACUCAUAUUUCGGUUUCCCCGUGUUAUGACUGACUGCUUUAACAUUGAGGAUGACUAAACCCAAGGCGGAUAAAGGAAAGAAGCAAGAUAAGGCUUCGGAAGAGAUGACUGGGCAGCACGUGCUGGAGCUAGCUACGCAAGCUACAACCGCAACAGAAGCUGAACUAGCAUGUGAGCAUGAUACGGGAUCCUCUAC